ACAAGACACACAACACAACCCUUGCCUUCUUAUAUCACACUAUCUUUCUAUCAAAACCCUAAUUACUAACAUUUACUUACUAGUAUUUAAACUUCAUAUCAUCUCCUGCAAAUCAAGGCAAUUAGAAAAUGGUGUCUCUUUUUUAUAGAGAGAGAGAGAGUGGGGCGGAACAGUAAUAGUAGUAGUAGUAGUAGUGUGUUUGGAAACUCCAAGUUAAGUAGAGGAAGAUAAACCCAAAACUGGGGAGGGGCCAUUCCCCUUUGCUGCCUCUGCUGCAGUGCUUUUCUUGUUGACACAUACCUUUCACGGUCAAACUUAGAGAGAGAGAAACCAAGCUACCUAGCUAGCUAGCUACCCUGCUACAAGUCCAAAACCGUAGGGUACAUACAAUAUUUCAAGAGAGAGAGAGAGAGGGAGAGAGGGAGAGAGGGAGGACAUAGCAAUAUAGCAUAGGGCAAGGUAGGGUAGGGUAGUGAGGAUAACAUCAUAUUACUUACUACUACUACUACUCACAAUUAGUUACAGCCGCGGUGGUGGUGGCGGUGGUGCUAGCUAAGGAAUUGAAUUAGGGUUUGUUGUGUUGUAUUGUAUCGUUUGUGUAUAAAUAGAGAGAGAGGAAGGGGUAGAGCGAGGGAGGGAGGGGUGGGGGGCAUGCUACAGCAGCAGCACCUGAUGCAGAUGCAGCAGCAGCAGCAGCAACAGCAGCCCAUCAUGGCAGCCUACUAUCCCACCAAUGUCACCACUGAUCACAUUCAACAGUAUCUGGACGAGAACAAGUCUCUGAUCCUCAAGAUUGUGGAGAGCCAAAACUCUGGAAAGCUCAGUGAAUGUGCUGAGAACCAAGCAAGACUGCAGAGAAACCUGAUGUAUCUUGCUGCCAUUGCUGAUUCACAGCCUCAGCCGCCCAACAUCCAUUCUCAGCAAUAUGCCGCCGGGGGGAUGGUUCCUGCGGCGGCGCAUUACCUGCAGCAGCAACAAGCGCAGCAGAUGACGCCGCAAUCCCUGGCAGCUGCCCGGUCGUCAAUGCUCUACGGAGGGCAGCCAUACGCGUCGCUGCAGCAGCAGCAAGCUUUGCACAGCCAGCUUGGGAUGGGCGGCGGUGGCGGGAGGUCGGGGUUGAUGCUGCAAGGCGAGCCUCACAGUGGACUUGGCGGAGGAGGGUUUCCUGAGUUUGUCCGGCCACUGGCGAGCGGGAGCAAGCAGCAGGAGAUGGGCAGCAAUACUUCCGGCGAUGGCCGCAGCCGCAGUGGAAGUGACGGUGGGGGUGGAGGCGGAGAGACGCUGUACUUGAAGAGCGGAGACGAUGGGAACUGAUUCAUCCAUAUCAAUGGCUAUAUAUAUAUAUGCUCUCUUUUAUAUAUUAGAAAGAAGACAAUAUAAUAUAUAUAAAUAUAUAUUAUAUAAUGUUUGGUAGAAGUAGGACUUUAAUGGUGCGUGGAUUGCGAUCUUGUUUUGGACGUGGAUGUUGAUUGGAUCAUCACUUGCUCUUUCUCUUAUUAUGUUUGCUAUGCAUAUGUACAAA